AUGUCAUAUAAUAGUUUUUUUAUUAAAGUUGUUUUUUUAGGGGAUAGUGGUUCUGGAAAAACAAGUAUAAUUUGUAGAAUAGGAGAUGAACCAAGCGAUUAUCUCCCAUUUGUUUAUGGUUCAGCUGUGUUUCAAACUAAAUACGAUAAUGUGAAUAUGUGUCCAUGGGACACACCAGGUUCGGCUGAAUUCGAAAGAAAAAGAGUACUUCAGUAUCCUCAUACCAACUGUGUAGUAUUAUGUUUUUCAAUUUCAGAUAGAGAUUCAUACAACAGUUGUUUAAAUUUAUGGUAUCCAGAAAUUUCACUAUUUUUACCUAAAGUACCAAUUAUCUUGGUGGGCACAAAAUCAGAUCAUUAUAACCAUCCAAAUUAUAAAAAAGAUCAUUUAAUUACACAUAAGGAAGGUUUAGAAUUGGCAAAUAAAAUUAAUGCAGUUGAAUAUAUUGAAACAUCAUCAUUGAACAAGACCAAUAUAGAAAAGAUUAAAGAAGUUGUCCUCAUAGUCUCAAUUUUAAAUAAAAAUAAUAAAAAUAAUAAAGAUAGAGACCUCAGUUUGCUUAGUCCCAAAAAAUUUAAGUCAACCUCAAGCUAUUCUUUUAAAGCGCCCGGUGAUAAUGAUGAAAAAGAAAGCAAAUGUAAAAUCAAUUAA